AUGGGUUUCUGGACUACAAAAGUUCUCGCUGAGACUUUAGAGGUCAAGAAAGUUAUGAUUCCAGUGCCUCUCCUAACUCCUCUUCGAGAAUCGGCGUAUUUCAUUAGGGAAGCAGUCCGGCUGAGCGGUUACGUGCCAGUAGCUGAAUUCAGCCGUAAUGAGACGGAAAAGUUCCCCUACAGCCUCUUCCUCCCCCGGUCGAAUGUCCGCGUGCGAUGGUAUCCUUCGCCAAGCACCGACAUGUCGCUGUUUGAAGAGGCACUGGAGGAAAUCGAUGUGCAUGCGUGUCUCUCCCUUGGAAGCAUUGCUCGGAAGCACGGCAUUCCGCACGUCCAAGUCUUUAAUCCUUGCACGCUGCAGCGCAUUCGCACUAAAUUCAUGGGCGUCCUCCAUCCUCUGGAACGAUCUCGUGCUAUGGGCAUCAGGGCAUUUAUUGCGGUCACCGAUGCGACGGUACCCCUCCCCGUAGCAAGCAUAAGUGAUGUGCAAAUUAAUCGGGAGGCAGGCAGCGUUUGGCGUGAUGGUAAUGAUCAGAUCGUUCCAACCUAG